AUGUACUUAGAAAAUAAUAGAAUAGGGUCCAUCGAAGAAAUAGAAUACUUGUAAAACGACAUAUUUCCCACUCUUCAUACUGCAUUGGCUAAAUUAGUAGAAUAUGUAGAAAAGACAGAGGAAGUAAAUAAACACAAAGAGAGAUUGGAAUAAAUAAAGAUUUGUGAUAAAAUAGAAAAAAGACGGGUAGAGAGAAAUCGAUUAAAAAGAGAGUUGGGAUCAGAUUUUGGAAGUGAUUCUGAAGGUUAAGUUGAGAAUCAAGAAAACAAAUCAAUCAAUGAUGACUAGUAUGGAAAGAAAAUAGAAUAACUUAUCCCUAUCGAAAAUGAAUUUUAAUAGCAAUCAUAACACUUAAUCGACGAAAUAUAAAUGUAGGAGAUGAAAUAAGAAAUUAAUCAUUUGCUUGGAUAAAUUUAAGAAGAUUAGGGAGAAGAAGAAGCUCCUGAAAAACAUGAAUUAGAGAAAUUAAAACUGUAAUUAAGAUUAUAAAGAGAAGCAAUGGAUUUCAAUCCCUUAAUAUAUUUGGCCUCUUUAUUAAGGUAGUUGGCUAAAUGA